CAUGAAUACCCUUCUUUUGAUUUUCUCCAUUUUUACUCUGCCCAGCUUUUUCACCAGUACGGAAGCAGUAUGGCUAUCCACCUUCUGCCCAAACACCACCAUCUUCACCCCAAACUCCACCUUCCAGUCCAACCUCAACCAGCUCCUCUCCAACCUAUCGUCCAACGCCAACCGCUCCUCCACCGGCUUCUACAACGUCACCGUCCAAACCACAAACAACGCUGUCUACGGCCUCUUCCUCUGCCGCGGUGACAUCGUGGGCACCGACGCUUGCGAAACCUGUGUAGCCAACGCAACCGCCUUGGCCCGACAACGCUGCCCCGUAGAAAAACAGGUGGUGAUCUGGUACGACGAGUGCAUGCUACGCUACUCCAACGAGUCAUUCUUCUCCACCGUCACCGAUUGGCCCAGCUUUCCCAUGCGGAACACGGUGAACGCCACCGACCCGACUCGGUUCAACCAGGUCGUAGAGGCGAGUGUGAACCAGGCGGCCAGUGAGGCUGUCGGAGACGCCUACAAGUUUGGGACGAGUCGGGCAAAUGUUACUGGGUUGAUUUCAGUGUACAGCCUCGGGCAGUGCACGCAGGACCUGUCGGCAACGGAUUGCAACCGCUGUCUUCGGAGGACCAUAGCCCUACUUCCGGGUUGCUGUUAUGGGAGAAUCGGAGGACGAUACGUGUUUCCGAGUUGUAAUAUUAGGUACGAAGUCUACCUCUUCUACGCCCAGAACGCCACGUCAGCACCUGAGCCUGCACCAGGGCCGCCUCCUCCUCCUCUCCCUCCUCCGCCUAAAGGAAAAAGCAAAACCCCAACUAGUACAGUUGUUGCCAUUGUUGUACCAAUAUCUGUAUCUGUGCUACUUUUUGUUGUGGGUUACUGCUGCAUAACUAGGAGAGCAAAAUACAAGUACAAUGAAGCAGCAGCAGACGAACCAAGCGGUGAGAAUGACAUUACUACUGUCGAGUCUUUGCAAUUUGAUUUUACUACUAUCCAAGCAGCCACGAGCAAUUUCUCCGAUGAUCACAAGUUAGGCGAAGGUGGUUUCGGUCAAGUUUACAAGGGUAUACUUUCAAACGGUCAAGAAGUAGCUGUGAAGAGGUUAUCAAGGGACUCUGGCCAAGGCGCAGAAGAGUUUAAGAACGAGAUGGUAUUGGUAGCCAAGCUUCAGCACCGAAGUUUGGUUAGGCUCUUGGGAUUUUGCUUGGAAGGCGAAGAAAAGAUUCUUGUUUAUGAAUUUGUGCCCAACAAAAGCCUUGAUUAUUUCCUAUUUGACCCUGAGAAACAAGGACAAUUGGAUUGGUCAAGACGUUACAAGAUUAUUUCAGGAAUUGCUCGAGGAAUCAUGUACCUGCAUGAAGAUUCCCAACUUAGAAUUAUACAUCGUGAUCUCAAAGCCAGCAAUAUAUUGUUAGAUGGGGAGAUGCAUCCAAAAAUAUCUGAUUUUGGCAUGGCCAGGAUCUUUGGGGUUGAUCAAACUCAAGCAGACACAAAUAGAAUUGUCGGAACAUUUGGUUAUAUGUCUCCCUAGUAUGCAAUGCAUGGACA